AUGGGUCUCGGAGGCAACAUAUCUCCUCAUGUUGGUAAUCUUUCUUUCCUCCAACUACUCGAUCUUAGGAACAACAGCUUCUUUGGUCAUUUGACUGAUGAAAUAGGCCAUUUGCGUCACCUAAAAACCCUUUAUUUAUUUCACAAUAUGUUAGAAGGAAACAUCCCAUUGGGUUUACACCACUGUCAAAGGCUUGAAGUGAUAUCUCUUGAGGGUAACAAAUUUAGUGGUAGAAUUCCGAAAGAGUUGAACACCUUACCCUCUCUAAGAAUCCUUGCUCUCGGACAAAAUGAACUUGUUGGUACUAUUCCACCUUCCUUUGGCAACAUUUCAAGCUUAGAAGAGUUUGGGCUAAAUGCGAAUCACAUUUAUGGGAACGUUCCAACUGGAUUGGCACAACUUCCAAAUUUGAAGAUAAUUAACCUUGUAUUCAAUUAUCUCACAGGUCCAAUACCUCCUACAAUUUUUAACAAGUCUUCCACGGCUGAGAUUGACUUGACUUCGAAUGCCUUUUCUGGAAACCUUCCAACAAAUAAUGGCAUUUUCCUUCCUAAUCUUGAAUUGCUCUUUUUGGAUCACAAUCAACUAACUGGAAACUUCCCUUCAUCUCUCUUCAAUUCUUCUAAGCUUACUAUGCUAUUUCUAGAUGCCAACUUGUUUACUGGACCAGUACCAAAACAUUUAGGCAAUCUAAAACACCUAGAACGUUUGAAUUUAUGUCAAAAUCAACUGACAAACAAACCAGGAAGUAUUGAACUUAGUUUUCUCACAGAUUUGACAAAUUGUACUUCCUUGGUGGAGUUGUGGGUGGGACAAAAUAAAUUGAGUGGCACCCUACCCAAUUCUAUUGGAAAUCUUUCAAACUCUCUUGAAAUACUUUCUGUAUCUGAAAACCAACUAAUUGGUACAAUUCCUAAAGAGAUUGGUUCUUUGAGGAAUUUAACAAUACUUUCAUUGUCUAACAAUAAUCUGAAUGGAAAUAUCCCCUCAACUCUUGGAGAAAUUGAAAGCUUGCAAAGGUUGUAUCUUGGCGGUAACAACUUUCAUGGAUCAAUUCCAAAUGAGAUUUGCCUUUUGAGCAACUUAGGGGAACUUUAUGCAGAGCAAAAUGAGUUAUCUGGAUCAAUCCCAAGUUGCAUUGAAAAUCUUAGAGGCUUGCAGGAGAUGGAUCUCACUCAUAAUAAAUUGGCCUUCAUACCUUCGAGUUUAUGGAACCUUGAAACUUUAAGGUACUUGAAUCUUUCGUUUAAUUCAUUAGGUGGAAGCCUAGAUCCAAACAUUAGACCAUCGAGAGUGUUGGAAAUCAUGGAUUUAUCUUGGAAUCAAAUCUCAGGAAGCAUUCCAAGAGUUAUUGGGACUUUUCAAAGCCUAACGUCUUUGAACCUGUCUAGGAAUUCAUUCUUGGGACCCAUUCCCAACACAAUGGGCAAUUUGAUAACAUUGGAUUUCUUGGAUCUUUCACACAACAAUCUAUUUGGACAGAUACCUAAGUCUCUUGAGGCACUUUCACAUAUCCAAUACAUGAAUUUCUCUUGCAAUAAGUUGACUGGGGAGAUUCCAAAUGAAGGGCCGUUCAUGAACCUCACAUCAUGGUCUUUCGUGGAGAAUGAAGCACUUUGUGGGAAUCCUAUUUUGAAAGUGUCACCAUGUGCAAGCAAUGGUUCCAAGAAGUCGAUGAUUAAAAUUAAUCUUCGAUACAUUCUUCCUAUCAUUGUAUUGAUGCUAAUCUUUUCUAUUGGUGUGUAUAUUGUGAAAAGAAAUCAUGGAAACAAUGUUCAAAGUCAAAAUCUAAUAGAUUUAUAUGCAACAAAGUUGACUGGGGAGAUUCCAAAUGAAGGGCCUUUCAUGAACCUCACAUCAUGGUCUUUCGUGGAGAAUGAAGCACUUUGUGGGAAUCAUAUUUUGAAAGUGUCACCAUGUGCAAGCAAUGGUUCCAAGAAGUCGAUUAAAAUUAAUCUUCGAUACAUUCUUCCUAUCAUUGCAUUGAUGCUAAUCUUUUCUAUUGGUGUGUAUAUUGUGAAAAGAAAUCAUGGAAACAAUGUUCAAAGUCAAAAUCUAAUAGAUUUAUACGCAACAACGGAGCACAGAAUGAUUUCAUAUCUAGAGCUUCUACGAGCCACAGAUGACUUUUGCGAAGCCAACUUGCUUGGAGUAGGGAGCUAUGGCUCGGUAUACAAAGGUGUACUUUCAGAUGGGACAAUUGUGGCUGUUAAGGUUUUAAAUUUGCAAUUUGAAGGAGCUUUCAGAAGUUUUGAUGUAGAAUGUAAAGUGUUGCGAACGACUCGACAUAGAAAUCUCGUUGGAGUUAUAACGACAUGCUCUAACCCUAAGUUAAGAGCAUUGGUUUUGCAAUAUAUGUCUAAUGGAAGCCUUGAGAUGUGGUUAUAUUCUCAUAACUCCUUCCUUAAUCUCCUUCAAAGGAUUGACAUCAUGGUUGAUGUAGCAUUGGCUCUGGAAUAUCUCCAUUAUGGUCAAUUAGAGCCUGUGGUUCAUUGUGAUUUGAAGCCGAGUAAUGUCCUUCUAGAUGAAGACAUGGUUGCACAUGUUGCUGACUUCGGCAUUGCAAAAAUUUUAGCUAAAAACAAGACUGCAAUACAAACCAAGACUUUAGGUACCAUCGGCUAUAUUGCUCCAGAGUAUGGCUUUGAAGGGCGAGUCUCAACAAGUGGUGAUAUAUAUAGUUAUGGCAUGAUGCUUUUGGAAACAUUCACAAGAAAGAAACCCACAAAUGAAAUGUUUUCUGCAGAGAUCAAUUUAAGGCAAUGGGUAAGCACAUCACUUCCCAACAAAAUUAUGGAAAUAGUGGAUGGUGGUUUAUUGAGGAUGCAAACUCGCAGUGACAUGGUUGCCUCACAAAGCAUUCUUCUUGCUAUUUUAGAGUUGGGUUUGGAGUGCACCAGUGAGUUAGCUGUGGAGAGGAGUGACAUUAAGAAGGUCCUUGGCAAGCUGAAUAAGAUCAAAAAGCAAUUCCUUCAAAUCCAAAGUAUUUGACAUGCACAUUGCACAGAACAUAAUCUAAUUAAUCCUUUGUUUCAACUGUUGCCCUUUCAAACAUUUAUCAAAAUGUUUCUCUUGUUGAUUUUUUAUUUUUAUUUUUUUAGUGAGGUGAUUGUUAAAAAUAAAAUAUUGUUAUAACUUGUAAUAGUAUUGUCAGACUUUAUAUGAUUUCAAUUGGAUUUUAAUUUUAAUAUA